UGUUGCUUUUGUCUCCGGUCAUCUCCUCACUCUGUUUCUUCUUUCCUUUCUUUCUUUCCUCACCGGCCGGAAAAUCUCAUCUUUUUUCCGGCGAGGGCAGAACUCAUAGUCUGUACACCUCAAUAUCCAUAUUUAUCCCCGGAAAUGUCUGUAAUUCCAUCCAAGUCCCUAUCACUGUCCCUCAAACCCUCCCGGUUCAACCCCAGACCUAAAAUUCUCCUCACCGCCCUGAAAAACAGACCUUUCUGCUCUCGAAACUUCCGAGGCGGCGCGUUGGUGGCGGUUGCAUGUUCUACUUCCUCGCCGCUGUUUGGGAGAAGAGAAGGGAAUUUAUCUUUGCUGUUGUUCGGAGAAAGCCGUAGAAUUGUAGCGGUGGGAGUCGAAAAGAAGGCUGAUGUUUCCCAAGUUUUGUCGGCAUUGCUUCCCUUUGUUGUCGCGCUCACUUCCAUUGCCGCCCUUUCUCAGCCCGCCACUUUUUCUUGGGUGUCAAAGGAAUUGUAUGCUCCUGCACUUGGGGGAAUCAUGUUGUCUAUUGGAAUCAGGCUUUCCAUUGAUGAUUUUGCUCUAGCGUUUAAAAGACCUGUGGCAUUAUCUAUUGGAUUCAUUGCACAAUAUAUUGUAAAGCCCGUGCUUGGUGUGCUGGUGGCACGGGCGUUUGGGAUGCCUAAAAUGUUCUACGCUGGUUUUGUUCUCACGUCUUGUGUUGCCGGGGCUCAGUUAUCGAGCUAUGCGAGUUUCUUGAGCAAAAGCGAUGUGGCCUUCAGUAUACUGUUGACGAGCUCGACUACCAUUGCGUCGGUUCUCAUCACUCCAUUGCUAACGGGCCUUCUCAUUGGCUCCGUUGUUCCCAUCGAUGCGGUUGCCAUGUCAAAGUCGAUAUUGCAGGUUGUUCUUGUGCCCGUUACUCUGGGAUUAGCCCUGAACACCUAUGCAAAACCGGUUGUCUCGGUUAUCCAACCUGUAAUGCCAGUCGUGGCGAUGGUGUGCACGUCGAUGUGCAUUGGCAGCCCUCUCGCCAUAAACCGGGCUCAAAUUCUUUCCACUGAAGGCGCGAAAUUGCUCGGUCCUGUUUUGGCUUUUCAUGCAGCGGCAUUCACCUUAGGUUAUUGGAUUCCCAAAUUUCCCAUUUUUAGGUUUGAUGAAGGAACGUGCAGGACAAUCGCGUUAUGCACGGGGAUGCAGAGCUCAACAUUGGCGGGGCUGCUCGCUACUCAGUUCCUCGGGAGCACUCAAGCCGUUCCCUCAGCAUGCUCGGUCGUUGUGAUGGCUAUUAUGGGCCUCUGUCUAGCCGCUUUCUGGGGAAGUGGAUAUCGUAUCAGAGACUUGCCCUCUCUGCUAAAUCGACACAAGCCCGGCCCCUUCGUCUUUCUGAACAGAUCAAUGACUAGUAAGCAGCAUAACUUGUAGAGAAGAAUAGCUUAGAAGAUGAACAUGUUGGACAGCAAUGACUAGUGUUUAGCCUGCAGAAGGUUGGUAAUGGUGGCUGAUCUGUGCAUAUUUUGUCUUAGCCUGAGGUGUAAUUUUGUUGUAUAAAUCAUGUAUGGCAGUAUGAGUUUAGAAAUCUGAUGUAUAUGGCUUUGAAUGCAACUUCUUUUUGUUUUUGGAUGACGAGGAAAAUCCGUAGUAUCUUUUUGAGGGUGUGCAUUGUGUAAUUCUGUUUCAGUUGUGUACGACUCAAACUAAAGCCAAUAGGUUGUUCUCACUGAAUGUCAAACUUGAAAUUUUGUAGUUCUGUUAA